GCAGUGGCUAAUAGGAGUUAAGUUGGUUCUUUUUCUUCUCCCCACUCAGGGCCACAGCCCUUGUUCCGAAGCAAAAAAAAUCACAGACGCUGCCAAAAUCUACGCACAAGCGCCAGCAGGAAACGUUUAAUCAGGAUGGCGAGCACAGAGUUAGACCAGGAGUUUGGGAUAAAUUCGUGAAAAGUGCAAAUUACUCCUCCCCACUUUGUUACUAUGGGCAAAUUGCUCCAGCCUCCUACCGGUACUUUCCAUCUGCGAAAUGGAGGUGAGGGCUUCCCUGCUUAGAUAUUGUGAGGAGGAUCCUCUUACUGUCACAAACAAUGCUGAAAGGGCUGGUGAUGAUCACACGGAAAUGAAAAAUGCAUGAUUUUUUUUAAAAAAAAAAUGCAAAUGUUGCAGUCAGGCUGAUUGUGCAGGAGUGCAGCCAUUGUCACUGCUAACUCUAUGAAUAUUUCCCCUGAUACUUUAGGACCCCUGUGCAAGACACAUAAACAUGGAAGCAAGCCCCUUUGAUGAUCGCAUGCAGCAUGCUUUGAAGUAAAUGCGCUGCUUGAGGAAGCAAUCCUGCGAUCCACCGGGCAGGCAACCGAGAGGCUGUGGGAUGGCUGCAGACCCUCUAUUCAGAAAUCCAGCUGGCGUGAAUUCCCUUCUGUGCGCGAAGGUCCAAGCUGUGCAGCAGGGGUGCCAUGAGCUCAGAAUGCCAGCUUUAUUGUUGAGAGGUGAGCAACAAGAGAAGAUGAUAAGCGGUUGGUCCCAGUGGGACAGGAAGUGAUACCGCCAGGUUUUGUUCCAGUCCCUGCGGCGUCCCAGCAACAGGUAAUGAGACAUCCAAAUCUGUGUUCAUGCUCAUCCUUGCAACUCUGAUAGGGAAGAGGUAAGAGAGAGGGUGAAGAGCAAGGGAUCUAACCAUAGUUCUUCAAGGUAGGCAUGGCGCGAAGUGAGAAGGGCAAAACAAGGUCAAGGAAACAAGGCAGGUGGGAAGAGAAACAAUGCACAAAAUGUCAGAACCAGACUUCAGUCUUGUCUACCUAGACUAGAGGGUCAUUUGCAUAAACACCAUUCCCUGGAAUUUAGAUCUAGAGCAUGUAUGGAGGACUUGUUUGGUCCAUCAGACCAGGUAUUGUUGGACUCCAAAUCCCAUCAGCUCUGGCCAGCAGGGCCAAUGAUCAGGGAUGAUGGGAGCUGUAGUCCAGCAACAUCUGGAAGGCCAACAUCUGGAAGGCAUUCAUCCAAUGCACAGUCAGAAGACUAGGUUAUAAUAUACUCUUAAGAAGAUUUAAGGAAUGAGCAUCACUGGACAUGGACACAGCCACACACACAUGGUGACGAUCCUCUAAUAUCACAUUCCGCAGCAGCCAGCUGCCUUUGUGACUGCAGUAUUGAAUUUUAUUUUAUUUUAUUUAUAGCUUGCCUUUCUCCCAGCGCAGGACUCAAGAUGGCUCAUAGCAUAAAUUAAAACAGAUACAGCUAAAGCCACUUAAUAUAACACAUUACAAAACAAUUAAAUAAAGUAACCGGUUUAAAAACAGUGCUGAAAACAUUUACAGUGGUACCUCUACUUACGAAUAACUCUACUUACGAAUGCUUCUACUUACAAAUGGAGCUCCGUCCGCCAUCUUGGAUGCGGUUUAGAUAGGAUCUACUUACGAAUUUUUAGAUAGGGUUGCUUCUACUUACGAAUUUUUUCUCCCAAUGCAUUCCUAUGGGAUUUGACUUACAAUUUUUUCCGACUUACAAAUGUGCAUUCGGAACGCAUUAAAUUCAUAAGUAGAGGUACCACUGUAAAAGCACACACAAAAUCUAUUCGUUUGAGAGCAAUUUCACGGGAAUGCUGCAACACUGCUCAUAAACAAGUAGGCAUGGCCAUUGGUUGACUUUUAUGGAACUCCAAUUUGACCUAUUGGAUACCCACAAGUCCAGGUACCAUUUUCAUUACAAAGUGGCAGGUUUCAAACCAACAAAAUGUAAAAAAUUCCCCUUAUUACAGGCCUACGGUACUCCCUGCUACAAGACUGAACUCUUGCAUGUGUGUGUGUGGAGGGAGGGGGCGCAGGGCAGGGAAGGGAAAGGUGGAAAGCCGAGUCGUGAGGGAGUUUGUGGCGAGGCCGGGCUGGCUGCUUCUGUUGUCGAUGACCUUCCAGGCAUAAACAGACAAAAGAGGCUCGGGAGGAGCCAGUUGGGAGCUCCCGGUGUCGUCCCACCCCCCUUGGAAGAAAAAAAAGUGCAAAAUCCACUAGAUUCAUCCAGCUCCUCCACCCGGCCAUUGUUAUGUCUGUGGCGCCUGGGAGCAGCCGCGGAGUUUGUAAACUCAUCUCCAGACCAGGACGGUGAUAUGGGAGGUGCCGGGGGAGGGGGGGGGAAGCGGGGAGGAAGAAGAAGGGACGGCAGAAAAGAAACUUGAAAGUAAAUGGCGAAGCUCUGGAUAAUGUCCCUCCCCGCCUCCCUCCGGCUCUUGCAGGGUGUCUUCUGUGGCAGAAAUUGCGAGUCGCGGCCCGCGGGGGGGGGAGGGGGAGGGAUUUAAUUGAGAGGAGCCUGCUGCUGGGGCGGUGAAUGGGAGCUUCUCUUGCUGUUGGAAGUACGUGUGCAACACACGCACACACAGAGCAGAAGUAGCCAGGGAACGCAAAUCUCAGUUUCCUCUUCUUGUUUGGAACGUGGAGGUGCUGGGAUUUCCUCUGCUCACUCCACCCCCCCCCCGCACGCGCGCGCGCACACACCCUCCCCCGCGCUUGCAGCUGCAACAGGGACGUUACUUUUGUCUUUAUUCCAACAGAUCCUGCUUGUGGUUCGCCCCCCCCCCCCCGCGCGCGCCUUCCUCGCUCCCUCCGCCUUCUCUCUCCUAUGUGUGUGCGUAUGUAUGUGUGUUGACGAGCUAGAUAGCGCCUGUCUUCUAAUAGAGCGGAAUGUAGCCAGCUCCAAAAGAAAACUUCUCAUUUUGCGCAUGAGUAUUUUCUUUAUUUUCUCUCCCCCCCCCCAAAAAAAGUAUUUCUUGAGCCAGAGAGAAAAUACCACUUUGCACUAAAAAAAAAAAAGUCAGGUAAAUCUGACUUUUGGUAAAUCUCCAAAGCCCAAGCGACGAAUUCAAAAUACAGCGAGAUAAAAAGGGGGCGGUGAGAGGGAGUGGAGAAGAUGUGCGUGAAGUAGGAUUGGGGGCGAUUUCGGAAACUCCGGCAAGCCUCUUGCUCUCCCUUCGCACAUACCUCAAUUGUACAGGGAUCGCGAGAGGGUAAUGAAUAAAUGGUUCGGAUCAUAUUUGCCUCCGGUGACUAUAAACUUUACUGCUCUCUCUCUCUCCCCCCCCCCAAGCGCGCUCCCUUCUCACACCCACCACCGCAACCAACAACAAGAAAAUCCUGUCUCGCCCUCCCCGCCCCCCACCCCUCCGCUCCAAACCAUGGAAAAAAAGGCCAGCGAGUAGCAGCAGCAAUGGCGUGGAAGAAGUGGGGGGAAAGAGAUUAGAUUUCGCUUCUCUCUCAUCAAUUUUCUGUUUAAUGUCACUGGUCUCCAUUGUGGGAGAGAGAGGCACGUCAUCCGGCCAUAAAUUUGAGAUUAUAGAGCCUCCAGCUCCGUCUUGGUGCCCUAAUUGAAUGGAUUUACUCCACACGGGCAAGUAGGAGGGGAGGGGGACCUCGGAGUGGGAGCAGAAGACUCGCGACUAAAUGCCAAAUUCGUAAUAAUAAUAAUAACAACAGCAGCAGCAGCAGCAGCCAGAGAGAGGACUGUGCCGUCGCCGUAAAAAGCAAAUCCUCAAACGCCUCGGCGGCUGUGUGGGGGGAAAAAGAGAGAUCUGUGAUCUUGCGCGCACACAUGCAAAAACCAUCUCCAGUUUCCGCUUUCUAGAGACAGAGAAAGAAAGGAGCUCCGGGGAAAGGAGAGAGAGAGAGAGAGAAAGAAGAGGGGGGGAAAUCACCUGUAUUCUAAUAUUGGCGUUUUCCAGUCCACGACUUGGAUAUCUCCAGUGGGCCCCCCCCUUUUUUUUACAGUGAAGUGGAUUUUUUUUUUGUUCCUGCGGUUUGUUAAACAGAACUUUGACCCAGGAAAGCAGCGAUCUAGAAUGAGGCUGGAUCCCCGGUGCCAAGAGAAGCGGAGGAGCCGCGGAGGGCUGCCGCCAGCCUCGUAGUGAGAGCAGAGAGCCCUUGGUCCCCGGCGCCUGGUGCGCUGCCCGUUUCCCUCCGCGGAGGGGGACCCGCCUGUCUGCCCGCCUGCCCGUCGGUCCCGCUCGCUCGCUCGCUCGCUCUGCUGGCCUCCCUUCCCUGCUGGGGUUUCGGCGGCGGCGGCAGCAGCGCGGCCCCGGGAUGGAUGGCCGCGAGUUCGCGCCGCCGCCUCACCUCCUGGCCGAGAGGGGCCACCGCAACGGCUCCAGCCGCCUCGCUUCCUCCGGGCACAACUCGGUGCAGCACGCGGGGCACUUCCAGCCCGGAAAAUACUUCCCUUCGCCCAUCUCCAUGGCUACGCACACAGCAGGAAGUGGGUUGAUGGGAAACUCACCUGCCUCGUCUUUUAUGGGCAGCUUCCUCAGCAGCAGCUUGGGCUCAGCAGCACCGCCACAUCCCACAGGCCCGGCGUCAUCCCCAUCAGAACCAGCCUUCCGCGGCCCCCACUCCGGCACUUCCCAGAUUUGGUUCUCACACUCCCAUGAAGCUCCAGGUUACCCGAGGUUCUCCGGGAGCUUAGCAUCCACUUUUCUUCCCAUGAGCCACUUGGAUCACCAUGGAAACAGCAACGUCCUGUAUGGCCAGCACCGUUUCUAUGAAAGCCAGAAAGACAAUUUCUACCUGCGGAACCUACCGGCUCAGCCCACCCUACUGUCAGCCAAUCACAACUUCCCCAGCAUUGCCCGGGCUGCACCGGGGCACCCCAUCGGCUCCUGCAGCCGGGACCGGGAGGCCGGCCACGGGCAAAAGUGCCACAAGGACUAUGAGCGCUUUGUGCUGUCCAAGGGGGACAAAGGGGCCAAGGGCGAGGGGAAGGACCGGCUGGCCGAGGAGGAGGCGGCCAAGGAGCGGCACAAGCUGGUGAUGCCCAUGACGCCCGAGGGAAACUGCAAGGAAGGGGCUCCCCAGCGGGGCUCCUGCGACAACCGCCCCAAGCACCUGCCCUCCUGCCUGCUGAGCUCCAAGGUGCUGAAUGGCGACUCUGGCAAAGCCGUGCUGCCCAGCUGCGGCGGGGGCAUCCUGCCACGCCACGCGGGAGCCCAGAGCCGCUGUGCCAAGGACCUCGGCCACCACGAGCCCCCCCAGUCCUACAGCGAGUGCCUGGAGCGGCGUCAGAUGCUGCACCACUCGGUUUCCUACACCGUCCCGUCAAGCCUGCCCACCGGGCCCCCAGCCUUGAGCACGACCGCGGGCAGUUUCCCCUGCCUGCAGCUCCACUCCAGCCCCGACGGGAUGUGCCCCCUGCAGGAUAAGGCCGGCCGGGAGCUGCGGAUCAGCGGAGCCACCUUUGUGCCUUCCGUAGGCCACUUGGCUGACAAGAGCCGCUCCUUCCAGGUGCCCUCCGAGCCCUGCGAGGGGAAGGAGCGUCCCCACGACAUGGGCCCCGAGCACCCACCCCCUUACGGGAACCACCCCUUUUCUCACCUCAAGGUGGAGGGCAAAGCCGAGCGGCGGCUGGACUGGCCGCAGAAUUCCAACGCGGCCCGCCUCAAAGGCCUGGAGUACCUGAACAGCACGGGCUCCGACGGCCAUUUUGGGAGCUUAACCCACCAGCCUAAAGGCGGGCACUUUGAGAUGGUGCCCCCUCAGGACUGCGCGCGGCCUAGCCCUCAGGAGACGCUGUGCAAACUCAGCCAGUCCUGCUGCACUUUAGACAAGGCCCCCAAGGAGCCGCCAACGCACGGCAGCCAGAAAGUGGCCCGCAUCCGCCACCAACAGCACUUGCAGACGGAGAUGGAGCAGGCCGGGGCCCACGCGGAGUCCAAGCGCAAGUCCAUGGAGCUCAGCUCUCUGGGCUACAACGGGCCGCACCUGCCGCCGUGGCCGGUGCAGGGCCAGGGCCCUCCUCCUUUGCCCAUGAUGGAGGAGAGGAAAAGCUCCUACCUAGACCCUUUCAGCAGCAGCCUCCAGCAGGCUGCGCUCAUGACUCAGGGCUCGGUGCUCACCCAGGAAAUGCAGGCGCCGCCCGACGACGUGUCGGCCAUGAAGAACCUGCUGAAGUACAGCAACCAAGCACUUAUCGUGGGGCAGAAAGCUCCUUUCGUGGGACUAGGCAGCAUCAAGGGCAGCUGCGCCCACCAGGACGGGGGCAAGUUCCUGGGCAACAAGGGCCAGCAGGAGAUGGAGCGCCCAGACUGCGCCCGCAGCAGGGAACACGAGCUGGGACAUGGGGAUGGCGAAGUGCGCCAGCCUCCCGUGGGCAUCGCCGUAGCUGUGGCUCGCCAGAAGGAUACGCUUAGCCGGCCCGAACCGGCCUACGGCUCCAGCUCCAGUCGGCAGAGCAGGGCUGCCAUGGGGCUCAAAGCUGGCGCGGCGCGGCCUGUGCAUGUCAUUGACCUGGAUGCCGAAGAGGAACGGAACCGGUUGUGUGAGGAGCGCCUGGGGCUUGCUGGGAGAGAUCUCUUGAUCCAAACGAAACAGAGCCAGUGCUUACCUCCUGUAACAAGCAGAACUGUCUGCCACCAUCAAAUAACGAAACAAGCACCACUCCCAAUAAACAGGGAGAAGGCAGCGAGGGAAAACAAGGACCUGGUGGAAUUUGCCCGCAUCCACCCAUCCAGCAGCUGCCCUGGAGACCUUACCCCCCACCUGAUGAUUGCGGGCAGCUCCUCGUUGCAGGCCAGCCAGUUGGGAGGAGACCCGGCAGCCCAUACCCACCCAGCUCAUACCCACUGGUUGCCCCGGACACGCAGCCCUUCUCUUUGGAUGGGUGGACACUCAUACGGCAUCGGGCACCCUGCUCUCCAUCAAAACCUGCCUCCCGGCUUCCCGGCCUCUAUGCCCAGUGCCAUGCAGCCAGUCUUCCCCCUGUCGCAGGAACCACCUGCUCAGCUAGUAAUCCUGCCUUCUGAGCCUCCAGCACAUGGGGCCCCCCAUACCCUGGCAGCUGAGGUGAUGGAUCAGGCAUCAAUUUGGCCACCCAUGUAUCCCAGCCGGGGGCCUGGCUCUCACCUGCAGCACACAGGGCAACUCCCUGUCUAUUCCCGCUCCCAAUUCCUGCGUCAGCAAGAACUCUAUGCCCUGCAGCAGCAACAGCAGCAGCAACAGCAGCGUGCAGCACAGGCACUGGAAGUGCAGCGGCACACACACAGCCAGCGGAAGCCCGAAGAGCCACCCCCUGAGCUGGAGAUGCCAGGCCCCGAGAAGCCACUCAAACCAUCCCACAAAGCUGUUGCCUUAAACGCUCCCCCGAAGGGCCUGUCGCCAGCAGCCGCCUGCUCAGCCAAGCUCUCCCCGUGUUGCCACCCGCCCAAAUGCCCUGCCCCAUGCACUUUACCUGUCUGCCCUGCUGUGGUGCCACGCUCGCCUGCUGUCAGUCCAGUGCCCUCGCAGAGCUCCACUGGCCCUGAGGCCGAGGACAAGCAGCCUGAAGGGAGGCCAGCCCAGGACUAUCCCAAAUCACUGGAACCAGAUCUUCCCCCUGGUUACUCCUACCCUGUGGCUGGCCUGGGCUAUGCGUCACCUUUACCCCUGGACCCAGCUGAUCCUGACACUAUGCAAACGGUUUCCACGGCAGCUGAGCCCGAACAGUCACGCACCUUCCCACCAGAGCAGGAGCCACAAUGCGAGGCGGAAGCUCGCCCGUCCAGUGGGGCUGGGGACCCCGAAGUGGAUUCCUCCCACCCUCACCCUCCCCACCUUCUUGUGCACCCCCAGAGACCAAGCUCCACAGAACUGGCCAAGGAGACGCCGUGUUGCCCCCUGCUGGUCGGGGACAGCCCAGACGGCUUGGACUCUGCCCCAAAGGAAUGCCAGGAGGAGCCUAGGCCGGAAGCUGCUGUUCCAGCAGGGCCUUCGCCGGAGGUGAUGGCUGUGGAGGACAGCCCGGCCGCAGCACUGGAAGAUGAAUGCCAGGAAGACGAGAGCGACGACAGCUCAACAGAUGACCUGUCGAUGCAUGCCGAGGUGCAGGUGGCCCCGUGCGGCCUGGAUGCCCUCAUUGCUGCCAGCAUUGAUCUGGGCGAGCUCCCAGCCUUGGAAUCUCCACCUCCUGCAGAUUCCCUUCCCCUGCCCUCGCCAUGCAGCUCAGGGAUUCCUGGCAUUGCCCUGCUCAGUGAGCUGGCAGAACUGGAACUCCGUCGCCAGCAGUGUGAUACCGCCGCCCAUGUGCUGGAUGAAGACCUGGCAGCGUUCAACCUGCAAAGCCUGGCCACUCUCGCUGCCGCCUGGGCCCUGGUCGAGGCAACCGGCCUGGAGAGGAGGCCCCCUGACCUCCUCGACCUGGCAGAAGCUGCUGUGCCCUGUGUGGACCUGCGUCCUCGCGUGCGGGCCUCCCGCCGCAAAUACAUCUGGACCCCUAAGACCAAGCCUGUUUGCCCCCUGAAAGCAGCUAUUGAGAACUUGGACACCCAGGAAGUAGAGAUGCGGCUGCGGCUGGCGGAACUGCAGCGGCGCUACAAGGAGAAGCAGCGGGAGCUGGCCAAGCUGCAGAGGCGGCAUGACCACGAGCGAGACGAGAGCUCCCGGAGUCCAGCUCGACGGGGACCAGGGCGACCUAGGAAGCGCAAGCACUCCAGCACUCUCAGCUCCCUGCGCCAGGGCUCCAUCAGCAAGAGCGACAGCAGGAAGGUCAAGUCAGUAAAGGCCAGCUUAUCUCUGCUGUGUGCAGAGCUGCGGGCUGAGGGAGAGCCGAAGAAGAAGAAAAGGAAAAUAUCAGAGACUGUUUAUGGUGGCAUUAAAAACUCCCAGGAGAAGGUGCGUUGCAAGAAGAGCAGCUCCCAAAGCAAGCUGGCUUCCACCGUGGUGCACAAGGUCUCCCAUCUCAAGCAGAAGGUCAAGAGCAAAGGCUUGCCCGCAAACAUUGGCCCAUUCCGACGGAAAGAGCCCAGCCCUGGUACCAGGAUCCAAAAGAAACUCUCCCGGCCCAAGAGCUCCAAAGCAAUGCCUUCUGCCAAAUACCCACAGCAGGACCUCACUACCUCAGAGGUCAAGCCAAGCACAGGAAAUACUGAUGCAGAUGACAAUCGCCACAAAGACUACGAAAGCGAGGACGACGGUGGUGGUGACGACUUGACCAGCGACACCAGCUCCACCCUUCACGUGACAGUAAACCCUGCUGUGAUUGGCCCCUCUCCUUCCUCGGUGGUGAAGAUGGAAGCGAAUCAGAAGGCAAAGAAGAAAAAGGAGAGGCAGGGGCUGCUAGGACCCUGCCGGAUCCCCAGUCCCGAGGGCCAAGUCAAAAUCAAGCGGCGCCCAGUGAAGCCCGGUGUAGGGAGGCUGGAAAAAGUGCCCGUCUGUCGGGCAGCUUCUUGCGAGGCUUCCAGCAAGAAGAAGUUGAAGAGCAAGGCCAAGGAGCUGCAGUGCGGGCCUGGGACAUCGGCUGCGAACGAGGGGCUCUUCUCUGGCAGCCGACUGUUUGCAAGCCGGGAUGACACAGGAAAGCUCAACAGUGAACGCCUCAAGAAAGCCACGCGGAAGAGCAAGGUGCUGCAGUCGGCCCUCAGGAGAAAGAAUGGGGCACUGGCGCUCUCUCCCCGCAAUGCCAAGGCCAUCCUCAGCAAAGGCAAGAAGCUGGCCAAGGUCAAGAACAAGGUGGUCAGCAAGCAGUGUAAAGGCCGGGCGGUCAGCCGGCUGAUGGAGAGCUUCGCCAUUGAAGAUCACUUUGAGUUUGACGAUAACAGCAGCUUCUCUGAAGAGGAGGAGAUGCCCCCCACUGGGACGGAGCAAGACAUGGCCCCUGCCCAGUCAUGCACCAUUCAUAAGGAGGAUCUCCAGGAUGGACUGCGCGUGCUCAUUCCCAAAGAGGACAGCCUGCUCUACGCCGGGAGUGUGAAGAGUUUGCAGCCACCAGACAUCUACAGCAUCGUCAUUGAGGGAGAGCGAGGGAACCGGCAGAGGAUCUAUUCCCAGGAGCAGCUGCUGCAGGAGGCGGUUCUGGAUGUGCGGCCGCAGUCAAGUCACAACCUCCCACCUGGCACCCGAGUCUGUGCUUACUGGAGCCAGAAGUCCCGCUGCCUCUACCCAGGAAAUGUCGUUCGAGGUUCCUCAAGCGAUGAAGAGGAUGAUGCAGAAUCGGUGCUGGUAGAAUUCGACGAUGGGGACACAGGCCACAUUGCAGUGUCUAAUAUCCGCAUGUUGCCACCCGAUUUCAAAAUCCAGUGCACAGAGCCUUCUCCUGCACUCUUGGUCUCCACCUUCUGCCGUCGCAACAAGAGGUCUUCCAGUGAUGUUCCCCAUUCCAGUGAAUCUGCACCAAGCCUGUGCACUGAGGGGCGUGAGAGCUCAGAGUCAGCCAAAAGCACCGGCAAGAAGGCAAUGAGCAAGGAAAAAGCUGGUAAAUCUGACCUGCUACACCCAAGUUCAAAAGCCCUGCCUGGAGAUCACUUCCUGGGCCGCCGUGCCAGCCCUCUGUUGAGCUGGUCAGCUGUGGCUCAGAACAAGCGCAAGACCUCCAGCAAGAGCACUGUGAUGCGGCAGAACCUCUUCCAGCUCAAUGGCAGCAGCAAGAAGCUGCGGGCCAAGGAGGUGCUCUUCCCCGUGCACAGCGUGGCUGCCCCCAUUUUUGGCAACGGCUUUGGCUCAGACUCGUUCAGCCGCAUUGCCAACUCCUACUCGGCGUUUGGAAACGCCGGCCUGGUUCUGCCGUGCACCCAGAAGCUUUUGCGUGCCAAGAAGGCCGAUCGGUUGGACGUCGAGAUGGGCAAGGGAGGGCGCCGGAAAAUAGGCGGCGAGUACUUGGUCAAGCUGGACCACGAGGGUGUGACGUCGCCCAAGAACAAAAACUGCAAAGCCUUGCUGAUGAAUGACAAGGACUUUGGCUCGCUGCCUGGCCACGGCUACGCUCACCCGGCCUUGGGGAUCAAGGAGAAGAAGAGCGCAUCGUUGCCCAUGGGGCUGGCGCUGCGCAAGUACACGGGUCAAACGGAGUAUGGUCUACACUGCGACAGCGACUGUCACAGUUCCUACUCAGACAUGGAUGAAGAUGAGGUGGACGACCUGAGAGGAAGUGUACCCUCCCGCUUCCUGACACGUCUUUCCGUCUCGUCGUCGUCCUCUGGAUCGUCCACCUCCUCCAGCUCGGGCUCGGGCUCCACGUCCAGCCUCUGCUCAUCAGACAAUGACUCGUCCUAUAGUUCCGACGACGAGGACUCAACCUUGCUUGUGCAGACCUGCCUGACGCACCCUGUCCCAGCCCUGCUGGCUCAGUCCGAAGCCCUGCGCUCCAAGGGCAGCACCCUGCAGAGGUGCUUUGGCGCUGGGGCCAAGGGCAAGCUCAGGCGCAAGGAGGCCCUGAGCUUCUCCAAAGCCAAAGAGUUCUCCCGCCGGCAGAGGCUGCCCUCGGUGGAAAACCGGCCAAAGAUCUCUGCUUUCCUGCCAGCACGCCAGCUCUGGAAGUGGUCUGGGAAUCCCACUCAGCGUCGUGGCAUGAAGGGGAAAGCACGGAAAUUGUUCUACAAGGCAAUUGUACGGGGCAAGGAGACUCUGCGCAUCGGUGACUGUGCUGUCUUCCUGUCAGCCGGGCGACCCCAUCUGCCGUACAUCGGCCGCAUCGAGAGCAUGUGGGAAUCCUGGGGCAGCAACAUGGUUGUCAAAGUAAAGUGGUUCUACCAUCCUGAGGAGACCAAGCUGGGCAAGCGGCAUAGCGAUGGCAAGAACGCGCUGUACCAGUCGUGCCACGAGGACGAGAACGACGUCCAAACCAUCUCGCACAAAUGCCAGGUGGUAGAACGCGAACACUACGAGCAGCUGACGCGCAGCAAGAAAUACCAGGACCGUCAAGACCUCUACUACCUGGCAGGGAGCUACGACCCCACCACAGGCCGGCUCGUGACUGCAGACGGCGUGCCCAUCUUAUGCUGAGACUGCGGGAUGCAACCACUGCUCCAGGGCCGGAAAACGGCUGGCGGGGUGGGGUGGAUAGGAGGGCCAAGGGACAGUGGCAAGGGGGCCCAUCUCCUCUCACCGUUUCCUGCCCGUUGGAUGCAAGGCCCUGAAAUAUGCAAGGUUCCCGGCUUUGCCAUGCCCCGGGGUUGCAGGCUGAUCCCGGCUCCCCACACGGCUCUGUACAGAUUUGAAUCCAAGCCAUACUUUCCCUAGUACCUCUGACUGUUUGCCGCAGGCCAAACACAAAUCAGGUUACCGCUCUAUUUAUUUCAUGUGUAAAUAGUGUAUUUCUGAUGGGAAGUUUUAUGGAAAAAGAAGCAAACGAGACAAAAAAAAGAGGCAGGUUUUAUGGGGGUGGGAGGGUAAGGGGGCUAUUUGAUGGGUUUUAUUUUGUGUUCGAUGCACUGUUUUCCCUCCAGCUUAGCUGGGGGUGCGGAUGCCAGGCAAGCGUGUAAAUACAGAAGGGGGCACUUGAAGGCCACGGCAGCGCAGGCUCCGAAAGGCUACGCUGACCUCACAAGACUGUGUACUAUAGACUCUCCUCACCUGUCCCCUCCUACCCUUUUUUAUUAUUAAUUAUUAUUAUUAUUGUUAUUGUUAUUCUAAUGAUAAUUAUUCUGACAAUGUCUGCGGAUGUUAAUAUGCUCCUGUUAAAGAGAAGAUUAUAUAUAUUAUUAUAAAAUCAG